AACCAUACCUUCUGUAUAACCAGGGAUCCAAAACCCUUACCAUACAAAACCUCAUCCAAGCGAAGGGUCUCACUUGAAGAACAGAAUGCGUCUCCUUGCUCGUCUCCGCCGCCACCAUCUCUCACUCCCGUUCUCCUCCUCCCCAAACCUUAACCUUAACCCUAAACCUAACCCUAAACCACCAUCCGAGAGUAUCCGGGCGAUCAUCAAAGCCCUCAACGACGAGAGCGACCUCGACAAGCUCGUCACCUCCUUCAAGAGUGCUGCCGCCAUCCCGCGCUUUCGUGCCAUCCACAAUGUCUACGAGAUCACUGUCCGACGCCUUGCCAUCGCCGGCCGCCUCGCCUCCAUCGAGGACAUCCUCGAGUCGCAGAAGACCUACUCCGACAUCAGCCGCGAGGGCUUUGGCAUCCGCCUCAUCUCCCUCUACGCGCGUGCCGGCAUGCUUUCCCACGCCGCAACUACCUUUGAUCAGCUCCCGUCUCUCGGUUGCCCGCGCACCGUCGCCUCCUUCAAUGCCCUUCUCACCGCCUGCACCCACGUCAAGGACAUCGAUCGCUUGGCCGAGGUCUUCCGUGACGUCCCGGCAUCAGACCCUUCCAUCGUCCCCAAUGCCAUCUCUUAUAAUAUUUUGAUUCUGGCUUUAUGCGAGAAGGGUGAUCCUCAUGCUGCUCUUGAUGCUCUGAAGCUGAUGGAAAAGAACGAAAUGGAACCCAAUUUGAUCACUUUUAACACUCUUCUCAAUGGGUUUUACAGCAAGAGUUUCUUUCUUGAUGGCGAGAAGGUUUGGGAGAAGAUGAAGGAUAAGAACAUAGACCCUGAUAUAAGGAGCUACAACGCCAAGCUUAGAGGGCUGGUUCUGCAGGGAAGGACAAUGGAGGCUGUGGAGCUUAUUGGGAAGCUGAAUGACCUUGGAUCAAAGCCUGACAUAUUCUCUUUCAAUGCGGUAAUCAAAGGGUAUCUUAAAGAUGGGAAAUUGGAGGAGGCUAAGAAGGUUUAUUCAGAAUUGAUGAAGAAUGAUUGUGCUCCGAAUCGAUGGACUUUUGAGAUGUUGAUCCCUGAGCUCUAUGAGGCUGGAGAACUUGAUAUGGCUCUUAAAUUAUCCUAUGAAAGCCUUAGUCGUCGGUGUUUUGUUGAAGUUGGGGUGUUGCAGAAAGUAGUAGAUGGGUUGGCUAAGGCAUCGAGGGUAGGCGAGGCUAAGAAGCUUGUCGAGCGUGGCAAGUUCAAAAGUUUUGCUAGGAAGGGCUUGAAGUUGCCAUUGUCAUCGUUAGUUGGAUGAAGAUUUGACUGGCCCAACUUUUUAAAGGUUGCUGGGGUACAUUUUAGUCAAUCAAGAAGUGAAUAUAGUGAUUAUAUCUGCAUACAGUCCAUACUUCACCUUGAACCGAUGAUACUGAUCCACUGCAACAUCUGCAUUGCUGAAAUCCAGAAUCCUUCCUGCCAAACAGUAAAGAUAUCUCCGCACACAUUCGUUUGUUUUGCAGUAAAAAUUCAGAACUAGGACCGAAAAGCAAACAGAAGACCGCACCUGGUAAGCAGAGGAAGCCGUCCCGAAUACAAACCCAUCAGGAAAGUCUGCUCUAUUUAUCGCCUCACUGAUAAUCAAAGAGCUGCUCAGCAGAC